GAUAAUGGGAGAGGAGCGCAUUGCAAUGGCUGCCAUGUAGUACCCUCCCUGCACAAUUAGCCAAUCAGCGGCGUGCUCUGCCAGCCAGGAGGACGCAUAAAAGAAGAACAUUGCAGCAGAGGCACAGAAGGAGACUGCGAGAGGAGCAGGGAAUUACACACAAAAACAGCAGAACCAGAACACCCUCCCCUGGACACACCCUGCUGAGGAUCACUGCUUCUCUUUUUUUUUCUAAAAACCAUCGCCCACGCCACUCGGAGAGAACGCUCUCCCUCAUCAUCAUCCAGUAGAAAACCCCUUUCUCCUCAUUUUCAUCCUAUAGAGGACACCUACAAUCUCAGAGGGCUGAGAAUCCCUGGCGAAGACUGUAUUUUUUUUUCCUUUUUUUUCCUUUUUUUCUUUUCUUUUCAUUUGGACUCGUGACAGAACACAAGGGCCAAAUAAUUUAAAGGCUGAAGAUCAUACAGAGACUCAGCCUCCAGCCUGAAGACCAGCGGAAAGAAGGACCUAGAUUUCUUUCAUUGUACGUCAAGAAUGGUUACUCAGAUAAUCAGCACCAUGGAAACCCAGGUGUCCAACGGUCCGAGCGGAACCAGUCUGCCCAACGGUCCAGUCAUCAGCUCCAACGGCUCCACAGACGACAGCAAAACCAACCUGAUCGUCAACUACCUGCCUCAGAACAUGACCCAGGAGGAGUUUAAAAGUUUGUUUGGUAGCAUCGGGGAGAUCGAAUCCUGCAAGCUCGUCAGGGACAAGAUAACAGGUCAGAGUUUGGGAUACGGCUUUGUAAACUAUGUGGAUCCAAAUGACGCGGACAAGGCCAUCAACACACUCAAUGGUCUAAAACUGCAGACUAAAACAAUCAAGGUAUCGUACGCCCGACCGAGCUCGGCCUCCAUCCGCGACGCCAACCUGUACGUGAGUGGGCUCCCGAAAACCAUGAGCCAGAAGGACAUGGAGCAGCUGUUCUCCCAAUACGGGCGCAUCAUCACGUCCCGCAUCCUAGUGGACCAAGUCACAGCAGGCAUAUCCCGAGGAGUGGGCUUCAUCCGGUUCGACAAGCGCAACGAGGCCGAGGAGGCCAUCAAAGGGCUGAACGGGCAGAAGCCCCUGGGCGCCGCCGAGCCCAUCACCGUCAAGUUCGCCAACAACCCGAGCCAGAAGACGGGCCAGGCCUUGCUGACCCAGCUGUACCAGACGGCGGCGCGCCGCUACACGGGGCCCCUGCACCACCAGACCCAGCGUUUCAGCAUGAUCCCUUCACUUGGAAAGGGACCAGAUCCAAAUAACAGCUCAAAACCAAUACUCGACAAUUUACUAAACGCCAGCUACGGAGUCAAGAGCUCUCCCACUCUCUUCCCCAGAUUCUCCCCCAUCACCAUCGACAGCAUGACCAGCCUGGCCGGCGUCAACCUCACCGGCCCGACGGGGGCCGGCUGGUGCAUCUUCGUGUACAACCUGUCCCCCGAGGCGGACGAGAGCGUCCUGUGGCAGCUCUUCGGGCCCUUCGGCGCCGUCACCAACGUCAAGGUCAUCCGCGACUUCACCACCAACAAAUGUAAGGGCUUCGGCUUCGUCACCAUGACCAACUACGACGAGGCCGCCAUGGCCAUCGCCAGCCUCAACGGCUACCGCCUGGGCGACCGCGUGCUGCAGGUUUCCUUCAAGACCAGCAAGCAGCACAAGGCCUGAGCGAGCGAGAGAGAGACAGAGAGAGAGAGAGAGAGAGAGAGAGGGAGGGAGGGAGAGAGGGAGGGAGAGAGAGAGAGAGAGAGGCAGCUGGCGGCAGCUUCUUACGGCGAAGGUUGAGCUCCCCCCCCCCCCCCCCCCCCCCCCGGCGCCAUCGCUCUACACGGGGCCUGGACUGAGUCUCUCUCUCUUUCUCUCUCUCUGUGACAUCACACAGAUCGAUAGUAUGACACCACGAACAUGCAGACACACGCAGACACGCACAGACAUGAGCAGACAUUCCCAGAGUCAAGAGUAUCAAACAAACACACCGGAGGAGGUUUUUCUCUUUUUUUGUUGUUUUUUUUUGUUGUUAUCUUUACACAACAUGCUAGUCCUUCCCUGUAUUUGCCUGGAUUGAAUUAGAAGGGGGUACGUAGCUGGUUUUGUUGGGUUAGGGGGCGAGAGCUAUCUAUUUAGGAGACAGUCUAACGAAUGUGACAGAGAAUGUGUACUGGCUGCUUUGAUUGAAUUCAGGCAAAUGACGACAACUGUUGAACAAAACGAUCAAAAGAAGAAAAAAAUUUUAAUGAACGAAUAUGUGCAAUUUACCCAAACUCUUACCCCCCGUCAUCUCUCCUGUUAUCCUGCUGGAGAGGAUGUAGUCACUUUUUUACACUUGGGCAUUUUGAAUCAGCGAUUUUUUUAGAUCAAAGAAAAUGAAAUUAAAAAAACAGUGUUCUCUUAUAUACGUCUAUUAAAAUAUAACUAUAUAUUCAAUAUUUAAGGUGGUUAUAAUAGCCGAGUAUGUAAGCAUUUUCUAGAAACCUUGACUACUGUUUCCUGACCUGAAUUAGGUGGUGCCUAGCGUGAAGGCAGUUCCUCUACCCUGCGUGAGCUUGUUAGCGCAGAAAAAACCAGUAAGAUUUUAGGCCGGACCGAUGAAUACCGGUCCCAGAAAAGAGAAGCCAUCAGAAUCAGAGCGACCCACACCACGAGGCACACACAGCUGGACGACCACAAGAUACAUUUAGUCCGCAAAAAACACAACAAUGUGUCCUUUAUUUCUUGGCGUCCAUCCUCGGGAUGGGUUCAAGCGGCUCUGGUGGGGCGAGAGACGGGGGGUGGGGGGGGGAGACCCUUUCGCCGCAGCACGGCCACGUCAAAAGGAAAAUACCGGUGUUUUUUUUCUACACUUUUUGCGUCAUUUCUCACCUGCGAACCUGUAUUGUGUUAUUAAUACUCACAGGCCAUUUCGUUCUUAGCGUGAUAUCCCUUUAACUGAAAGGCCAUCUGGUGUGAAGAGGUCACGAGAGAGAGAAAAAAAAACACACGUCCAAAUGGUAUCGUUCUUGCUUUGAUUACGAAUGUCUUCAGAUUCAUUCAGACAACAAAUGGAGGCAGGAAACUAAGAUCCAAGCGAGCUGCUACAAAGGUCAAACCACACAGGCGGAAACAACACAGAUGGGCAAAAACCCGAGAGCACCGGUAUUAUUCUUCUGUCUAGUGCAGGGGGGGGGGGGGGGGGUGGGGGUGGGAAAACAAACUACCCGAAAUAAUGAGGUUAAAUGUCCAACCAUAGACUCGCAAUCACAUGCAAAGUGCAGAUUGACAGGAGCGCGGCCCCCAGACGACUCAGAGCCUCGCGUGUGAGCUCCGGCGUCGUCAAGUGCUCCUCAACUUGAUCUAAAAGACACUUUGAACUCCUGCCCUUCUGAAAAAGAUGACUGUACAACAUCAAGCCUGCAAAACACGUGUUAUAAUAAUACUUCUGUUUACAACAGAGAGGUAUUUAUUCAUUUGCUUCAGAACAAAAAUAGCAUUUCUCAAAAUAGCCCCAACCCAGUUGCAUGAAAAUGAUUUAUGGCACCCUGGAUGAAACGUUCAGGGCCAACCUGUCUAGAUCGACCACGGGGAAGAGCUGAUGUCUUUCAAUAUCCAGACAUCUGCACAUGAUAAUAGAAUAAAUAACAGUCAGCUAUAUUCCAGACACUUUUGCUUUUGCUUUUCUAAAUGACGCUGUGUUAGCCAAAGAGGACGAUCUCUUUGAAAGGAUUACAUUAGAGAUAAAUCUAUUUUUAUACAUACAAAGGACGAAGACCUUCUGCUGAAUUUUUACAGAUUCUUAAGCUUGGAAAAAAUUGGGACAUCGCAUGGCUUUAUUUUAAACCCUCUGCUCCUUGCAGAGCAAGGGGGAAUAAGCAUGCGGUGUGUGGGUGGGGAUUUGGGGAAGGGGCGAGGGAGCGUUGUAUCUCGUACAAACUUAACCAUAUCACAUUGAUUGAAACAAAGUAAACAAAAAAAAAAACACCAUACGAUUGAUGUGAAAAAAUAAAUAAAAAAAUGCAUAAAAAACGACAGCAAAGCGAAAGCGUCGGGGGACACGAGCCGACGUUUGAGAGCAUCUCGUCGUGUUGCUUCUGCGAUGGUGCAGUGGAGCGACGUCCUUUGACUUGACGAAUCCCAGAUCAAGCUGCGGCGACACCAGAAAAUCGCCCAGCUGGAAAAACCCCAAUAGCUGCUUGCAAAUACAAAAAGGUGAAAAAGCAGAUUCAAACCGUUAUGCAGAAUUAUACUGAACACUAAGCAUGAUUCGUUAUGAUUAGAUAGAUUUGAUUUUUGCCAAAGAAUUGCUUUGCAAGUCAGUACCAAGAUGGAUAAAUUAAGUCUAACUGUAUUAUUCCCUGAGUAAUUGCUGUACAAAUCUAUGUUAUUUAUUCAAAUAGGACCCUCUACAAUUUCAGUUACCAUUACGUUUGAACACUUAAGUUGCACAUAUCAGUUGUUGAAUCCUGUAAACACCAAAUGCUCAAAUGAAACAGUUGCAAGUCAUCCCAUUUGCACACAUUUCAUUCACAACCCGAAUAUUAAAAAAAAAAGG